AUGGAUUCGUUAAGUUUCUCGCCAUCUAAUUCGCAAAGUUUUGCCACAUUAGACAAACGUCGUCCCUGGACACGUGAAGAUGAUGACGUGAUCUUACAAUUUGUACGCGAUUGUGGCACAAAACGUUGGGCCAAAAUUGCAAAACUUUUGCCAGGUCGUACCCCAAAACAAUGUCGUACCCGUUGGCUUAAUUUUCUCGAUCCAAAUAUUAAUAAAUCCCCAUGGCGAAUGGAUGAAACUCAAUUAAUUCUUGCAGCACAAGAACGACUUGGAAAUCGAUGGGCGGAGAUUGCAAAACUUCUUCCUGGUCGUACCGAUAAUGCAAUUAAGAAUCAUUGGUACUCAACGUAUCGUCGUCGAUGUCGUCAAGCAGCUAAAGUCGAAGAACGUCAUUUUGAUCCACCAAGUUCUCGUACAACUUCAACUUUCAUAGGACCUUCAACAAUUAAUGCAACAGUUGCAUCGGCAACAUUAACAGUGCCAUCGCCACUUUCAGUAAGUUCACCAGUUGGAUUAACUGGUACAGGUGGAAGUUUACCCUUGUUACUCUCACCUUUGCGACUAUCACAACGUACGACAAUGUCAAUGAUACCGUUGCCCAUGCCCAUGACGCUACCAUCUCCAAAACCUCAAUUUUCAAUUGAAAAUUCAACGUUAUUCUUUUCGACUUGUGGACCACACCACUCGAUACCCAAUUUGUUGCAAGAUCGACCAAGUUUGCAAAAUCAUCAGUCAGCAUGGGAAGGGUUACCAGGGUUUGGAACCUCGACAAACGCAUUAAGCACAACAUCGAAAGGUAUUACACGAGUCGACAUGUUAAAAAGACAAGAAACAUUUGGACGUGAGCGCAGUGACUCGGCAGAUUUAUUUCUAACUUGCGUUGAGAUGAUGAAGAAUGUGAAAAACAACAGAAAGGGUUGUCAUCAUCUUGUAUUAAAGGAUACAGAUGAUGAAGAGAGUAACCAAUCCGAAACCUUUCAAAUAGACUCGGAAAACCAUCUCCGCUGCAACUUUUCGGGUACACAAUCGUGGUGGGACUCUCCAAUCAUAUCCAACUUUUCUGGUACAAGCUAA